UUGGAGUUUGCUUUUUUCUGUCUCAUCAGCGCUUUUUCAGACCUCAGAACUCGUCCAGAACAAGAUCCAACUUCGACAAAGGCUGCUGGUCCAUCCGAUCUUCCGUCUAGCAGUUCGACUGUUCCCGCGGCCGCUAGCCCCUCCAGCCCACCACCUAGUGGUUCGGGUGUACGCGCGGCUGGCAGCCCUCCAGCUGUACCAAAAGAAGAACCGGGUGCCGUAGUGUUGGCGCCUAAGAAGGAGCCUGCUACGAGAAAAGGGAAAGAAAGGGUUCAUCUACUUACCAAUUUCUGGGAACUCACAGUAGACAGUAAAAUUGUUUAUCGUUACGAUGUGGCCGUUUACUUGGAUACACCUGCAAAAGAAAGAGCUGUCGAUCUUUUGAGAGGUCCACGCGAUGAGUGA